AUGAGGAAGGACUGGUAUGCGCGUUAUACAAAGAUAACUGCUAAUGACAACAUAUAUUUCACAAACCGAACCGAGGAAGUGGACAAGGGUAAGCCGAAGUCUUAUAAAAAUAAAACCUAAAAGUGUUUCUUUAUAGUAUUGGAGCUAAAGAUCCUAUUUUAUAUUUGAUAUUACGCUGCUAUUACACGAUGAGAAAGUGCGCUUUACAUUAGUGAUCUGAGUUAGCCUUCGUUCCAACGUCGCCGUCUUCCGCGAACCAAAGAGCGGCACGUUGUCUGAGUAAUCAUCAGGUUUUACCCAGCAUUCCUUGCUCAUGAGGGCAAAACAUAUUAUUGGCUAUUUCCGCGUUCCAUAAACUCUCACGUCCAAAACGAGGCUAAGAAAAAAACUUUGUGAAAAAAAAUACUGAUGAGAAUGAAAAAUCAUUUUCAUUUCAAUGGCUUUGCACUUCGUCUCGCUUAACAGAGGCUUUGAGCAACUCAGAAAUGGCGUAUUACUCAUUUUCAUUUCAAUGGCUUUGCACUUCGUCUCGCUUAACAGAGACUUUGAGCAACUCAGAAAUGGCGUAUUACUAUUACACUGUUAGAAAUCUGUCAAGUUUCUUGUAUACCUUAUUCUACAUUCUAUAUUCUGUCUUCUACAGAUGGAAAGAAGUUAAAGAAGCUCUUUGUCACGAUGCACAUACGGAAUGUAACGCUAGAACACGAUAGUACGUAUGGUCAAUUGGGAAGGUUCGAAUGUCACGCUUUUGCGGUUGGAUCAGCCUUGGAGCGCAGGCAUGGUUUCAGUGUGAACGUCAUAAGAAGUAAGUUUAACUGGCUCAAAUCUGUAAAAAUUCGAGUAACGCAAAACCUCGCGAAACAAAAGAAAUAAGGGGAAAAAAGCCAAGAAAAAUCAAAUAUGAAAAAACAAAACUGCUCAGCUGUGAAUCAGUGUCGAACACUGCACCAAUUCAGCAGACACACAAAAUGAAAGGAAAAAUAUUAUAAAAGGUUAUUGAAAGCAUUUUCCGUAGACAUGCUGCCGGUAAACACCGUUUUUAAGCUAGUCGAGCCGUCUUAGAUAUAAAUUCGUAGAUAUAUUUGAGGAAAAUAAGCAGGUUUUUCACCUUUAGGGCAUUUCUCAUUGUAUUUUACUUAUUUACUUACUUAUGUUUCAUUUUAGGAAGCGAAAUUCCUGUUGUAUCUGUGACUAAAGUCAACAUGCUGCAACACGGUGACAGUAUCACCAUCUUUUGCAAUAUCACUAAGCCCUCGAGGAGGUCUGGGCUGAAAAGGAUUUCAUGGUUAAAAAAUGGUGUUGUACAGCAAAGUUUGAGAAACCCGAACCCAGACAACCCUGCAGACACACUGGCACCACUAGUUAUAAAAAAUGCCGCGGCCAGAGAUGGAGGAAAUUACAGUUGUGAGCUUGAGCUUCGGCUUCGCUAUAUUAAAGCAUACAAUGUAUCAGACAGUACUAUGAUCACAAGUGAGUAUACAAUGAGUCCUAGGAAGUUUUCACUAUAACACUAUUUUGCCAUAGUUGAAAUGGUACGAUUGCAGAUGAAAUUCUUGUUUUCUUUGUUGAGACAGAGUGCGUUAUAUAUUUCACGCAUGAACUAACCUGCAAAAGAUCUGAUCAAUCUGAGAUGUGAUUGGCUGUACGUCUGGAAUACCAACAAGGCUUAUAAAGUACAACAACAUUAACAAUAAAACCACGGAUUAGAAUUUGAAAUGUAGCCAAUAAAUCUUUAAAUUGGUCCUAAACAUUAUCAAGUACAAUUAUUAUUUGCUUUGUAAACAGUACUCUAAAGAAAGAUGGGGAUCAGGUGGCAACGUUAAGAAAUGUUUUCCCGGUGGUUGACAAAACGGUUUUAAUUUUCAUUUGUAAGUUUUAAGUGUUCAUGGUCUUACAUGAUAUUCUUACCUUUAUUUCAGUUGCUCCAUGGUUUGAUAAACCAGAAGAGGAUACUGACUUGAACAAAUUCAAGGAAGAAAGUGUUUCUUUUCAGUGUCCUGCCAAAGGUUUCCCAUUAAACGUUGAAUGGAAGUUUCAGAAGAGUGGUGAAGACGAUAUACGCUCUUGCAUAAGUAAGUGUUGGGCCAGCUGUACAUCUCACCGCUUAAACGUCUUGUGGACUCUCCACCGGCUUACAAGAUAGUUUUGUUUGUCAUUAUCUGGGCAAGUAUACAAGAGCAAGGAUAGGAUGUGAUGAUUUGUAAUGUCAGCUAGUAUCGACGCUGGCGUAAUGAAAAUUUGUACUGUAUUCCCCCUGGUGUACUUGAUGAAGGCGUUAGCUUUGUCCGGGAAGGGUUUAUUCGUUUAAAUAAGUUUUUAGACAGUCUUGAAAGCAAAUGUAAACCUCGUUUAAAAACUCUCUCGGAAGGUGGCUCAGAUGCAAAAUACCGCAUACAUCGCGAUGGGAUUUACGCGCCAUAUGUAUUGACAGUGAACGACUUGCAGUAUUCUGACAGUGGAUCUUACUAUUGCUGCCUCCCGUCUAACUGCUCCAAUGAUGUCAAAAACAACUGCCAGCGAUUUGUACUUGGAGUAAGAGGUAAAAAGUAGUUUAUUGUUCCUUCUAUUUGUAGAAGAUGGAAUGGAGAGAGAGAACUCAAUCUUGGGUCGGUUAGCGACCAAGUUAUCGCCCCGGAGAGGGGGGGGGAUACCAUAUGAUGGGGACGGGAAUAUCGUCAUCUCUCUUUUUGAUCUCACCAAAGGUGGUCAUAAAGGAAGUCUCGUAUUCUCUUUAGGAGUUAAGCUUAAGUAAGGCCUAAGCCACUAGUCCAGAUUAUCCUUCCAUUAGGAAUUAAUUCAGGAGCCCUUGAGCUCCUGGUCUAAUUCUAAUUUCCCGAUACAGGACUAUUUUACAAGGGGGUCCUCCUCCUGGACAUAGCUGAAAUAUUUGCUCAUAAUUAAAUUAAUGUUUGUUUCUUAAUCUACUCAUUUAUUUCUCUUAGAUGACAAGUUCCGUUGCAAACUGGACCUUGGUUUGUUGGUAGACAUGACUGAAGCUAUUUCAUCCCCUGUGAAGGUACAAUAGAUGUUGUUCUACCUUUCCGGCUUGCUGUUUUCAAAUCGUGAUCACUUAGCAUGUUCUUUUUUUAAUGAACUGUAACUCAAUAGGUGAAUUUAAGUUUUUUUUCCUCAUUGGCCGUAUAUCCGUUUCAUUCCCUACUGAAGCUAUCGAAAUAAACUCUCUGAAUAUCAAAAGAGAGUAACAAUUUCAGUUAUGUGAAAAUUUGAGCCCGGAAUACCGAGUAGUUUCGGAGAAAUUAUCUUUAAAGAAAAUCGAAACUUUAUAAGGAAUGUAUGGCUCAUUCGCGUUUUUGCCAACAAGCAAUUUCGCGAAAAAAUUGCUCAAAUUAACCAACUCUUUCAACUUUGGAGUUUAAUUUGUGUUUAUUAUUCAUUCAAAAUAUUUCCCCAAUUCUGAUUGGCUAAAAGCACACGCAUAAUUCACCAUAACCAGUUACUGAUGACCAAAUUUGGAAGAAUUUUGUAUUUAACGUGGAAAUGACGUCGAAAAUGCAGCCCGCUACAGGUCAAGGCACCGUUACCGAGAAGACCUGGGGACGAGGUUGAGUUGUUUUGGUUGUGAAAACAAAAAUGGCGGGCACUUCACUCGUUUCAAGAGUAAGAACUACAGCUGGAUCUAGGUGAAAUAAUAGCUAAAAACAUAGCGAAAACUGCAAGAAGACAACUCGGAGAGCGACAUCUGCUAUUUGGAGAAUAUUUGCGGAGCUGGACAAACCUAAACGUACACUAUCGAAGAUGAACUUAACAUCGAUGCAGGUAAGCAUGUUUUUGCUAUGUUUUUAAACAAGGAAUUACUUUGAAUGAAUAAUAAAGCAAUUAAUGAAUUCGGUUCUCGUAGGAUAUGAAUAAUUAAGCAGAUCGAGGAGGGUGUUAUCCAACGAGGCCUUCGGCCUUCGUAUGCUAAUGAGCAAAAUUGUAAACAAUGACGUCAGCAAAGAUGCGACCAUAGUGACGUUCCUACUCAGCGAUCGUUACGAUCGUAUCUGGGAAAUCCGUGGAUAUGGAAAGUGCCGGCUUCCUCAAAAAGAAGAAGUUCACGAUUCUUUUUCAAUAAGAUGAACAUAUUUUAUCGCUAAGGAAAAUGUUGAACAUUUAUGGGAUCUAAUGGAACAAACCAUCAAAUAGUAGUGUUUAAAUUUCCCAGCGUACAGAAUACCUUUUCGUCGUUGUUUUUUAGAUCAAAUACUUAUAUUUUUUCCGGCAGACGUAGGAAAAACGGGAAUUUAUCUUCAGCUCCCCUUUGAGUUUCAAAUUCCACGUUUUUAAAAAACUUUUCACGCGUUAUAGUGCAAUCCGUAAGUUAUGAUUUAAUAAGUACAUUAUUCGACUGCAUGUAAAAUGUUCUGUCCUUUAGAAUGUUUUUCUUUUAAGGUAAAUAUUUUUGCAUUUUAGGGAAAAGGUACACAGUUGGUAGUAACCGCAUCGGGUCCAAAGUCGAAACAUCAGAGGGGAUUAAGAGGCAUCGUUAAUGACCACGCCUACCAUGUGUCAAAUUAUACAGAACUAAAUGACUUGUUUGAUGACUUAACGAAAGUCAUCUGCCAGCGUAAGUGAUAAUAAAUAAUUUGUCAAUUUAACCGAGGGCGGGCUAAAGUACCAUACUAAGAAAAAUGGCUAUACGUAGAAGUGUCCUUUUUACCACUAUUUUCUUUACUAUUGUCCUCUACGUACAACCUCCCAUUAGUCUCCUCUUCACUCUCUAAUGUUAUCAUGGUUUGUUUCCUGAGGUCUGCUACUGCAAUGGUAUAACAAUACGUGAGAAAAGGGAACUACAGUCAAACCCCUUUAAUACGGACAUGACUGAGGGGGCCUUAAAAAAUGUCCGUAUUAACUGGGUGUCUGUAAGGGCCUUCUUUCACCAGGGACAAAGCAAACGGUCCUAAAUAAUGAGGUGUCCGUAUUAGUAAAGCCGGGUUUGACUGUAUUUCAUUGGGCCAAGUGUCCACAUUUGGGAGGUGUCCCUGCAGUGGGACCAAGAGAACAGUCUGUAAUGGAAACGUGCCCUUAAUAUAUUAUUUAGAGAAAAAGGCGAAAUAUGAACCAGCUGCACGAAAGCUAACAGAGGUAUUGCCGGUAAAUAUUUCUCGAGAAAAUUAAACUUAGAAUUUAAAAACUUGGCUUGAAAUAGAUUAAAUUGAAAUCGGUAGACAUGAUAAAAUCUCAAAACGACUGUGAAGUCAGAAACGUUACUCUGUACUUAAGGUGGAUUUAGGGGGGGCCUAGGGGGGCCCCGCCGGCGCCCCCCCCUUGUCCGGAAAUUUCCUCUUUGUAAACGUGUGUUGGAUGGUACUUCGAGCUUUGUUACUUAAAUAUAUUUUCUUUAAUUAACAUUGUUAAUAAGAAAAGAAUCUGUGUUCGAAGCCUACAUUUUUAGCUGCAAAUGACCAAAGCUCCCAGAAUGCAUGCAGUAAAUAUCCGUCUCAAACAAACUGGAUUUGACAAUUUUUCAGAGAGAUUAUGUCGCUGCCUUUGCCGGAAGGAUGUGCUCUCGCCGCAAUCGCUUUGGCUUCUGCUAGCAUCAUAAAGUCUUGUACUUCUUUUAUCACAACCACGCCUGUGGUUUAUUAAAUAUUUCAGCAUUAACAUGUUCAAUAUGGAAUCCAGGCAUUUGCUAAAUUUAAGCCUCCAGAAUACACUAGAUUGCAUCAAGAGAGAACCAAGAGAGAAAGAUUGUUCUCUCUUGAUUGCAUCAAAGAGAACUUCAAUCUCAAAACAUUUUCCCGGAGGAGCUUUCGCCCGAAACUCCCUAGAAGUGUGCGCCGUUCGCAGUCCUGACGGGUGCUAUCACGUCUAUAUUGCCAAUGUAUACUAUAUCUCUAGGCUCCCUCUAUCACAAAAUCCUUCGUCCGCCCCUGUGUACGGUCGUCCAGGUUUAAUAGGAUCAUGAUUCUUAGUGACACACUUUUGAUCACGAUCUUUUUCACAGCUGUUGAUGGCGGCUUCUCCAAAUGGACCCCGUUCUCCUCCUGCAGUGUGACUUGUGGUGGCAGUGGCGUCAAAGUACGAACAAGAACCUGUACUAAUCCCCUCGCCAGUGGAAGGGAAAGGACUGUGUUGGAGCACGACAGGAGUCCAUGGCUUGCAAUGAAGGACCAUGCAAGUGAUACAUCAAUCCAUGAUCGCUAAACAAA